AUGUCUGAAAAGAGGGCUCUUACAAAGUUUUUGCGUUGUGUUGAAUGGAGCGAUGUAAAGGUUUUGUCAGAGUAUUUAAUAGCACAUUCUGCACAUGUAGCAGAUCUGAUCAUAUCGCACACACAUGCCCAAGAAGCAAAACAAGCAUUAGAAUUAAUGGGCAAGUGGGAAAUGAUUGAUGUUUCUGAUGCUCUGGAACUUCUGUCACCUGUUUUUGAAAGUGAAGAGGUUCGUGCUUAUGCAGUUAGUGUUCUUGAAAGAGCUGAUGAUGAAGAGCUUCAAUGUUACUUGCUUCAAUUGGUUCAGGCUCUUCGGUUUGAGCGUUCUGAUAAAUCUCGUCUUUCUCAUUUCCUUGUCCAGCGUGGUAAGUGCUUCAGAGCUAUUUCAGCAUUAUGCAAUAUUGAAUUGGCAAGCUUUCUUCGCUGGUAUGUGGCUGUUGAACUUUAUGAUCCUGCAUAUGCCAAACGAUUUUACUGCACUUAUGAGAUUCUUGAGGAGAAUAUGAUGAAGAUGACAACUGGUGUGAAUGGAGAGGAAGAUGGGUUUAAACAGUGGCAGAGUUUGGUGCGCCAGACUGAAUUGACGGCUCAGUUGUGUUCGAUCACUAGAGAUGUAAGGAAUGUUCGUGGUAAUACACAAAAGAAGAUUGAAAAGCUUAGACAACUACUUUCUGGUCUUCUCAGUGAACUUACCUAUUUUGAUGAGCCCAUACGAUCACCUUUGGCACCUGGUGUCCUCAUAAGUGGUAUUGUACCUUCAGAGUCAUCAAUAUUUAAAAGUGCACUGCAUCCUCUGCGCCUUACUUUUAGAACAACAAAUGGUGGAACUUGUAAAAUUAUAUUUAAAAAGGGAGAUGAUAUUCGACAGGACCAGUUGGUUGUUCAAAUGGUAUCACUAAUGGACCGAUUACUCAAGCUAGAAAAUCUUGAUUUGCACCUGACACCAUACAAGGUGCUAGCAACUGGACAAGAUGAAGGCAUGUUGGAAUUUAUUCCAUCUCGGUCAUUGGCCCUGAUUUUAUCGGAGCAUCGUAGCAUCAUAAGCUAUUUGCAGAAGUUUCAUCCUGAUGACCACGGACCAUUUGGAAUCACAGCCACCUGCCUUGAAACUUUUAUAAAAAGCUGUGCUGGCUACUCUGUUAUCACAUAUAUACUUGGUAUCGGAGACAGGCACUUAGACAAUCUUCUUCUUAGAAAUGAUGGAGGUCUUUUCCAUGUCGAUUUUGGUUUUAUUCUUGGGCGAGAUCCUAAGCCAUUUCCACCACCAAUGAAGCUUUGCAAGGAAAUGGUUGAGGCUAUGGGUGGAGCUGAAAGCCAAUAUUAUACAAGGUUCAAGUCCUAUUGUUGUGAAGCAUACAACAUUCUUCGCAAAUCUAGUAACCUAAUUUUAAAUCUAUUUUACUUAAUGGCGGGUUCCAAUAUUCCUGACAUAGCUUCUGACCCUGAAAAGGGGAUUCUUAAGGAGAAGUUUCGGUUGGACUUGGACGAUGAAGCUAGUAUACAUUUCUUCCAGGAUCUUAUCAAUGAGAGCGUGAGUGCAUUAUUCCCUCAGAUGGUUGAGACCAUCCAUCGUUGGGCUCAAUAUUGGCGACCGAUCUCAUCUACUGAAAACCUGUGCAUGCUAGACAAAUUGAAAUUUUCUCAUGUCUUGUUUCCAGAAUCUGAUGCUGUCUUUAGGCUUCUAAGAGAAAGGCCUGGCUGCAGCUGCGUAUAUGCACUUCUAAUUUCGAGAUUAAUUGUCCUGAAGGCAGCGACAUUGUUGGCAACUAUGUACAUAAAUUAG